AUGGCCAGCAGCUUUUGCAGUCUUAAAGUGGAGGGGACCCCUGUUGACUUCCUCGUCGACACCGGAGCACAACAUUCGGUCCUCCGCACCCCACAAGGAAAACUAGCCAGCAAGAAGUCAUGGGUACAAGGGGCAACUGGUAUGAGCCAGUAUUCAUGGACUACCCGAAGAACGGUAGAUGUGGGGACGGGCCGGGUAUCCCACUCCUUUAUGGUAAUACCAGAAUGCCCCUACCCGCUGUUAGGACGAGACUUACUGACCAAGAUUGGAGCUCAGAUAACUUUCAGACAAGGGGGGCCUCAGGUCACCGAUGGCAAGGGCCACCCCAUCCAGGUCCUGACCAUGAAACUGGAGGAUGAAUACCGCCUCCACCAGGAGGCGCUCCCGAGAGAGGAUAAUAUAGACAGAUGGCUACAAGAAUUCCCCUCGGUUUGGGCAGAGAUGGGGGUGGGGGUGGGGAUAGGACUAGCCGCUCACAGGACCCCAGGCCUGGUAGAGCUCAAGCCAGGAGAGAGUCCAGUAAGGAUCAAACAAUACCCCAUGUCUCGGGAGGCCCAGGAGGGGAUCCAACCACACAUCUGGAGACUACGAAGCCUAGGGGUACUAGUUCCUUGCCAGUCUGCCUGGAACACCCCCCUACUGCCAGUCAAAAGGCCUCACACAAAUGACUACCGACCGGUACAGGACCUCCGGGAAGUAAAUAAGAGGGUCGCGGACGUACACCCAACUGUUCCCAACCCAUAUACUCUCUUGAGCUCCUUGGCGCCCUCCAGGGUCUGGUAUACUGUACUAGAUUUAAAGGACGCCUUCUUCAGUCUGCCGCUGGCAACCCAGAGCCAGCCCUUGUUCGCUUUUGAGUGGCAUGAUCCGGAGAAGGGCUACAGUGGGCAACUCACCUGGACACGGCUACCUCAGGGAUUCAAAAAUUCACCCACCAUCUUCGACGAGGCACUACACGAGGACCUGGGUGAGUACAGAAGGGAGCACCCUGGCCUCACCCUCCUACAGUAUGUAGAUGACAUCCUGAUUGCUGCCGACACGGCCAAAGACUGUGAGCGAGGGACCCAGGACCUGCUGGCUACCCUGGGGGCCUUAGGAUACCGGGAAUCCACGAAGAAGGCUCAGAUAUGCAGGGAGAGGAUUCACCAACAGGACACCAAAAUAGAGCAAGGUGUAUCUGCCUGCAAGACCUGCCAACUCACCAACGCGAGAGCCACAUCAAAUAAAAAAGGAACCAGGCUCAGAGGCACCAGACCGGGAGCCCAAUGGGAAGUCGACUUCACUGAAGUCAAACCAGGAAACUAUGGUUAUAAAUAUCUUUUAGUAUUUACAGACACCACCUCUGGCUGGGUGGAGGCAUACCCAACCAAGCAUGAAACGGCUCAGACGGUGGCUAAGAAGCUACUAGAAGACAUCUUACCCAGGUAUGGUUUUCCUGCCAUGGUAGGAUCAGACAAUGGACCAGCUUUUAUCUCGCAGGUAACACAAGCAGUAGCCAAGGCGGUGGGGGCAAACUGGAAAUUACAUUGUGCUUAUAGGCCCCAGAGCUCAGGACAGGUAGAAAGAAUGAAUAGAACCCUAAAAGAGACCCUUACCAAAUUAACCAUGGAGACUGGCGGGGACUGGGUGACUCUCCUACCAUAUGCCCUUUACCGGGUUAGGAACACCCCUUACACCUUGGGUUUUACUCCCUAUGAGAUCAUGUUUGGCAGGCCACCCCCUAUUAUUCCCAACCUUUGAGCUGAACUUCUUGCUGAGUUUAAAGAUCAAGAACUUUUUCUUUCCUU